UUGGUCUGCGCUCCCUCGCCCGUGGCGGUUGACAGCAGCUCCCAGCCCCGCACGGCCCUCGCUGCGAACACGGGCAGGCAGACUGCAGCAAGCUCAGCUCUACCCCAGCCCUACACUGGCAGAAAAGUGCACUCUCUUCCUGAGUCUUUUUGCUUCUUAAGGUGGUUUUAUUGGCUGGGUUUGGGGACUUGGGGAGGUUUUCUGUUUUUUUUUUUUUUUUCCCCCUUUCCUUUUCCUUUUUUUUUUUUUUUUUUUUCAGUUUUUGUUUGCUGUUGUUACUUAAUUCUAUUCCUAAUCCUGGAUGCAGUUACUGGAUUCUGCAGUACAAGUCUUCAUGAACAAGCUGCACCGCUUAGAGAUUUCACGGCAUUCAAAGGUCACAGAACUGCCACUAUGGUUAAAUGUCUUGUUUAAUGGUUGAGAGGUGCGGAGAAAUCUCAUUUGAUAGUCCUGACCAGAAUGCCAAAUGUGUUCGCAUGCUAGGUAAGGGAGAUGCACGGGUGAGAGGUCAGACAGGGGUUCUCUCCGAGCGCCGUGGCUCCUACCCGUUUAUAGACUUCCGUCUUCUUAACAAUACUACACUCUCAGGGGAAAUUGGCACCAAGAAAAAAGUGAAAAGACUGUUAAGUUUCCAGAGGUAUUUCCAUGCAUCCCGGUUACUGCGUGGGAUUGUACCACAAGCCUCUCUGUACCUACUGGAUGAGGACUACCUUGGGCAAGCAAGGCAUAUGCUAUCCAAAGUGGGAAUGUGGGAUUUUGACAUUUUCUUGUUUGACCGCUUGACAAAUGGAAACAGUCUCGUAACACUGCUUUGUCACCUCUUCAAUGUGCAUGGACUUAUCCACCAUUUCCAGUUAGAUAUGGUUACAUUACACAGGUUUUUAGUUAUGGUUCAAGAAGAUUACCAUAGCCAAAACCCGUACCACAAUGCUGUCCAUGCUGCUGAUGUCACGCAAGCUAUGCACUGCUAUCUGAGAGAGCCCAAGCUUGCCAACUUCCUCACCCCGUCGGACAUCAUGCUCGGACUGCUAGCUGCUGCGGCUCAUGAUGUGGAUCAUCCAGGGGUCAACCAACCCUUUCUGAUCAAAACUAAACACCACCUUGCCAGCCUGUACCAGAACGUUUCAGUGCUAGAAAAUCAUCACUGGCGAUCUACGAUAGGCAUGCUUCGAGAGUCACGGCUCCUCGCCCAUCUGCCCAAGGAGGUGACACAGGACAUCGAGCAGCAGUUGGGCUCCCUGAUCUUGGCAACAGACAUCAACAGGCAGAAUGAGUUUUUGAUCCGUCUGAAAUCUCACCUUGACAAUCAGGAUUUGAGGCUGGAGGACGCACAAGACAGACAUUUUAUGCUUCAGAUUGCACUCAAGUGCGCUGACAUUUGCAACCCUUGCCGGCUCUGGGAUCUGAGCAAACAGUGGAGCGAACGAGUCUGCGAAGAGUUUUACCGGCAAGGUGACCUGGAACAAAAAUUUGAACUGGAAAUAAGCCCCCUUUGUAAUCAGCAGAAGGAUACAAUACCAAGCAUACAGAUCGGGUUCAUGACGUACAUCGUAGAGCCACUCUUUGAGAGGUGGGCCCAGUUUACAGGUGAUACACCCCUAUCUGAAAAUAUGCUGAACCAUCUCAGGAGGAACAAGGCCAAGUGGAGGAGUUUGCUCCACAAGCAACACAGCAGUAGUAGGAGCAAUGACCACUCAGGUCAAGUGACUGGCAGCCAAGAACAGACUUUAAAUAAGGAAGAGACUCCUUAGUGGCAGCUUUGCACUUUUCCUUAUAGCACUGCUAUCUCUGUCUUGAUCACAGCAGCAAACAAAAUCCUGGGGAGCUAGGAGCCUGUUGUCAAGACCGUGGAAAGGGAAGAAGUGGCAAAGCAGAAGCUGUAAGGGUCCUCACGAACAAGCCCACGGUUCUGCUGGGUUCCUUUCUGGAUCUUCUUCACGUUCCUCUCCCCUCUCUUCGUUCUGCGCAUGCCUGAUGCCAUUCGUCACUCCUGAUCGUGAACUGCCUGAAUGCAAAGUCCCAGUCAGCAGUACUGGAGCCGGGCCGGUUACGGCUGCCGUGAAGCAGGGAGGAUUACUAACAGAACAGGGGAGACAGAGGCACUCUUGGUUAUAUAUUCAUUUACCAUGAGUCAUACUGUGACAUGUGUAUAUAGGCCCAGAGCGCCAUAUGCUUUCCAGGCUGGCAGCUGGGCUGCACGUUAAACCACCAGCAUCUUCAGCAUCCAGAGGACACUAGCUGAGUGAGACAGCGCUCACAGAGGGCAGAGAGAGUCUGGUUAUUUUAGUAAUUAAAACAAUAAACCUUUUUAACUUUUGUAUUCUGUGCACUAAACAACAGAUCUAUAAACCUUGGACUGAAGUUACUCUCCAUCUACACAACUCCAGUGUAACAAGGCUCAUUUUGGUAAUCAUUUUUAUGCCACUUUGGAUAAAAGACAGGCAUCUUCUCAUUGCAAGGAACAGUAUUCCCUCGCAACCAAAAGGGAAGGUGUCACACAGUCUAAACCUUUGAAACACGAACAGAUCUAUCUUUUGAGUACUGUUUCAAGUAACGUGUUUAUAUUCAUACGUGUACAUUUUCUGUAAAUACAAAGCGCUACUGAUUCCCAUGCCAAAAUACUGGAGUACUGUGGGAUUGCUACCUGUAAAAACAUUGGCACUGUGAACAGAAUACUGUUAGUUUUAAUACAAGAGAAAGCAUUUGUAAAUAUGGUAUAGAGUUUAUUAAUAUACACCAUUGUUUGUGGAUAAAAGCCUUAACUUUUAGCAUCCUUCAUCUUCUGAUAGCUGCCAAAAUCAUACGAUCACAAGAUAUGAUUCUGAACUGCCUUUCCACUAUCCAAGGUGUAUCAAAGGUCAUUAAGGAAUGAAGUCUGGCAGGACAACUUCUUGAAAACUUCAAACACAUUCCAUAUGGGUCCAUGUUGUUAAUCCAUGGCACCUUGCACAUUCAGUCUAGGCAAAUGCUUCACAGAGCCUGAAUUUUUUGGUUCAGAAAAGAAAAACCCAAAACCCACAGCAACACCACAUAAUUUGACAGUUCAACCUGAUUACCAUUUAUUCAAGAGUGUGAAUUUUUAUUAAAUAGCUUAGUGAUCCACAAAGCACGAAAUUCUAAUAGUUCUGGAGUCCAGUUGUUUUCUUGAGUGAUGUUGCAGUGUAGCUGAUUUUUUUCCCCACAUUCCCUCUUUAAAUAGCCAGCAUCAAAAUGCAUUUGUAUUUUCUUUUCAUUAAAAACUACUUCAACUGACUUUUAGCUCAGUCUCACUCAAUGAAAGAAAAAUGUGUUAUAGUCAGACUAUUAAGAAAAAUCCUCUUAACUAUCAGAGUAGCUAAGGAAUUUUCUAUGGUUUCAUGUUAUGUUUGUGAAAGAUACAUGGCCGUAUCUAUGCCAUAAACAACCUCAGUUCAGAUAGUCUUUACAAAACUUUACUAAAGCUUCCAUCAUUUCAAUGAGAUUGUAUUCUCGGCCACAACUGCACUGCACCAAAGUGAUUGUCGCCUUCUCCUCUGCCCCCAGAAAAAUUAAUUGCAUUCAGGUGAAGUAGAGUUCUAUUGUAAACCCCCAGUACAUCAAAUCUGUAUAGCUGUUUUCUAAAAGAACUAGCAGAUAUGGCCAUAUAAUCAUGUUUGGAUGUGAAUACCUCGCAGAGGCCAACAAAGAAAGAGCUAUUUUAGUUGGCAUUUGAGAAAUAUAUUUACUCAUAAAAGUGCAAGGGGAGAUAUGCUAGAACUUUUCUCAAUUACAGAGAAGAGUGACUUGGUUAGACAAAAUGUUCAUGCUCAUAAUGUGACUAAUAUGUUUAAAGGAAAAUAAAAAGCAUAAGUUUGAGUAAAGCAUGUUUUACUCUACUAAUUCAUUGGACAUGUAUCUUCAGAGAAGGAAACUGAAACCCAGUGAAGUAGGAAGGUAGAAAUCACUGCGAGAACACAAAACAUACUGAGAACAAUGUUUUUCUUCUCCUCUACUAUUUUGUAAGCUGUAAGCAGUAGAAAACAUUAUUCUUCCUUGCUCUUCUAAAUGGGACUCAUAUUAGGAGUACCAUAACGAGCAAAGAGAGAGAGUUUUAGUAGAAUAAAACUAUUUCUAGCCACAAGACAUAAAUGUCUUUUUAGCCACCUGACAGUGGGGGCAGGAGCGUUACCACUUUGCAGCUUUUUAGGUGUAUCUUUCCUUCUGACAGACUGAGGACAAUUAUUAAGACAUUGUGUGAGCAGUGUAAUGUGCUGCUUAGAAGCACUUAUGUACAUUCAAAAUGAUAAAAUUUCCCUUGUUUUGUCUUUUUACUAAGAAAUGGAAGACAUUUCCCAUCUAGUUCAAAGAUUUUUUUUUUUUAAUGUUCUGAAGUUUAGUUAAACAAACCCAGUGUCUAGCAACAUAAAAAGCUCUUGACAGAUACAUUGUUGAGCUGUUUCUGAGGAGCUUCCAGAAAAUAGGUCCAACAGGAAAGAUUAGGUACAAAUCAAGUUCUGUCACAGCUACAAUAAAACCAAGACCUUUUCUGUAAUUGGAGCCUACAGGGUCCAUUACAAGUCUGCUCUUACCAAGCUAGACCUUCUCAACUUUGAAAAGCUGCUCUUAAAGUGACCAGGUUAUGCGGUCUUUUUGGUUUUGUGGAGGUUUUUUUUUUGUUUGUUUGGUUUGGGUUUUUUUGGUGCACUGAACAUACUUGCUAGAUUUCAAUCACCUUGUCUAAUGAAACAAUGCUUGAAAUAGGUUCAGGGUGGCUCCAGAAACGCUUCUGUACUUGUAAACCAAACCCAUCACACAAGUUUGGGUCUGGGCCAGUUUGCCUCAGGUGCUCUAGACUAAAGCGUGCUGAAGAGUUGGGCUCCGGCAGCAGAUGCCUGGCAGCCAGAUUCACUGGGGUCUGUAAUGCAAAAUGCUGCCUUUGAUUUCCCAUUGAAGCAGCCAAACCGUACUGGAUACAGCCAAUCCAGCAGCACCCGUGCCUAGCGUAUGCGGUUGUGAUACAUAUUUGGUACUCACUAGUUUAGAGGACAUUUCUGUACUGGGAUUUCUCCCCAGAAUGCCAGCAGAAUGCUAGAUGCACAGAACAGAAAAACUCUAUGCAGAUAACACAAAUUUCUGUUGUCACACCUAUUAGCCACUUUACAGAAAGCCCUCGUAAAUUAUUUUUCUUUCUUAAUGGGCUGGUGAAGCUGAAAUAUUCUGAAGUUUUAAAACUGAGUUAGGUUCUUCAUAUAGGGAAGGAAGCAGAAAACUGCUAAAAGCAGGAGCUUAAAAUGCUUUUAUGCCCCACAAACACAAUUCACUCGAUUAAAACCUAGAUUCUUUAAACACAGAUUUUAUACCAUCAAAGAAGGAAAUUCUGUAUAAAUAACAACAAUAAUAAUAAUAAUAAAGUAGUGAUAAGUAAAACUUUUAGGCUGGUUAAAAUAAUGCAUAUGUAUGCAUUUUCAUUAAGUAAAGAUUUUACCUAUCUUUGGGUUUUUAAGGCUCAACAUUCCAGCUACCAGCCAAAAGGGGAAAAAAACAAGGACAACUGAAUAUGUGUACCUUCAAAACACAGAUACAGAGAGAGGAAUAGCUGACUCUAUGAGGAAAAAAAAAAAAAAAAAAACAAACACCUGCACGAUCCUCAGUUGUAUCUAACCUAAUCUACAACAUGGGUCAAUUAUUUUUUAUAAACUAUUGGUUUCAUGAAGAAAAUCAAAGUCUCUCUGAAUGAUCAGUGAGAAGGCUGCUACCACAGUAAGCGAGAUAAGCCUGUUUUCACACUGCAGAGCUAUCUCACCAGCUCUUAUAAGCUGUGGUUGAAAUUUCUAUUAAGUUUUCAACAAAACAGAGAUAGAAUGCAUACUAGCCCUUCCAAAUGGAAUCUCCUCAGAAUGGAGAAACACUUAAAUCGUUUUAAUUUUAUUUUCAGGUAUCAGUCAGGGUACCAGUCAUAAUUUAUAGCCUUAUAUUUCAAGUCACUCAGCUGAGUAGUCCAUAAAGUACUCCCAUUGCCCUCCUAACACCACCAUCCUCUGCUUAUGUCCCACAAAAAAAUCAAUACUUCAAUUUGAAUUAAGAUCCUGCAAAUCCAAAAAAAGCCACCCCAAAACACAAACAAAGUAAAACCCCAAGGCAAGCUUCAUGCCAUGAAUAUGUAUCAAAAUUACUUUGAUUGGUGCAAGUUACUAUUCUAUUAUUUGUUUCUAUAAUCCAUCCAAUAUUUUAGGUACAAAAAACUUUAAGUGCAGAGCAUAAGUUUGACUUGGAUGUAAAAUAUAUUCUGCUUAUCUUUGAAUUCAAGAUUGUAUAUGUCAUGUUUAUUGUAAAGCAUUUUAUAUAUACAUAUUCACAUACCUUAUACAACUCUAUGGGCCAAACACUUGUCCCACCAACUUCACUGGGACCAAGAAUCAGCCCCCAUAUGUGCGUAUAUAUGCCAUAUGCAUCAUUCUGAAAGGAAGCACUAGAUUGUGUGAAAAUGCUGUGACUGCUAUGCAGUGAUGCCAAGAGACUUAACUGUAUCUUUUUUAACAUACUGCUGUAAGUAUUCAUCAUGUCAAAGAAUGACAACUAAUAAAAAAAAAAAAAGAA